UAGGUGUACCGGAGUUUGGUGCUCCUUGGCCCGCCAUGACGAUGCCUGAACAAGGAGUGAUUGGCCAAUUUACCAUUUUCUUCGCGCUUUUUCUUGGAGGACUAAAGGAUUUUCUCUUCUCUCUAGAAGAGGAAUGGUUUGGAGCAACCCAUCCUGGAGUGGGAUGGGAGCUCACUCUCCCUGCUGCCCUGGUUGUUUUUGGUGUGAUAUUACUAUGGAGGACCGUCCUUGCGAUCAAAAGCAGGAUACGUCUAUUGACUGAGACACAGCUAAACGUGAAACUCGCCCAGCUAUCGAAAAACAAAUGUGACAUAAUGAUUCAAUUGUCUGAAAUGGAGAUACUGUUGAAGGACUAUGACGCACCAGUGAAAAGGUUGCGGGCAUGCCUGCAGUCCUCUCAAGAGGAUAGUCAGGAGCUGGAGGAUAUGAAGAAACAAUGGGACAUCAGAGCUGGAGAAAUGGAGGCAUUUCAUCUCCAGCUCCAGGAGCGUGUUGAACGCAUACAGAAACUGAAAGCUGUUUGGGGACCGAUGGAACCACUUAAAGAGCAUCACGGUGGGGAUGCCAGGAUCCCUAGUGCCACCAACACCCAAUCUACCGUUACAGAGAUCAAGAGUGAGGAAAACAUUGAGAUCGAGGUCACUGUGAUGAAGGAUGCAAGCUUAAUCAACACCACAGUGGAGGAGGUGAACAGGGGUCUUCAGGACAAAAAUUGUCAGCUUGAAGAGAAGAAUGCCGCUCUACAUCAAAAACUCCACAGCACUGAGAAGAUUGCCACGCUACAAGAGAAAAUCCAGACCAUAUCUCGGAGAGCCUCUGCUGCUGAGCAUGCUCUGGCCAUGGAGAAGAAUGAGGCAGCGCUACUCCGCCAGAGGAUUUUUCAACUAACCUCUAAGAAGCUGAAAAUAGGAAAACCUGGGUUCCUGAUCAAGACCAUCCCCAAGCCCCCGAAAACAACCAAGACCAACAAACCCUUCUUGAAAACCUGCAAAGUUCUGAAAGCUUUCAAAGCACUAAUGAAGAUAUGA